AUGGAGAAUACAUUGCGAGGAUUUUUAGAAAAUUCAAAAGAAGGAGAACGAGUUUUCGUUGAAGGGCUACAGAAUGACACGAAAAAGGUCUGUCGAGUGAGUGAGACAAACCAGUUGAAUUGCGUCGAACUGGGAGGUUUAGAGACCCAGUUAUUCUCAACACUUCAAUCUUUAGGGUAUAUAUGCACAUUAUCGGCAGACCCAAAUCGACCACCUAGCUUUGAUUGCAAAAAAUUUAUGGAUUGA